AUGACACGAAUUAUCCUCAGACAAGCCUGCUCACGGCUUCAGAUGGUCAAACGAAGCUAUGCAUCCGCUGCCUCGUCUUCAAAACGAAACGACAGCAAAAAGUCAUCGGGAGACCCGAGAAUCGAAAACAUGAAGAACGCGCUGUACCCUCCAGAGCGCACAGACCGCUCAACUGCGCCCACUGGAUUGCACCGUCCAGACGCUCCAGCUGCAUUGGAGCGCGUGAUCACGUCCCCAGAGGCCCACGAAACGAUUGAGCGAGCGUGGAUGAUCUGGCAAAAACGCAAACGAGACGCACGGGAAGCAGAACUCAAGCGAAAGUUUGAGUGUAUGAAAAGAGCAAUGGACGACUUGGAAAAGACGGACCUAAGACUCUACAGAAUCGCAACCAGCAAGCCAGACCCUAGGAAGAUGGAGGCAGACCAAGAGCAAGAGUUGAAAGGAUAUCGAGGAGCAGACAAGCGUGCGAUAGAAGCACGUAUCGAAGGGUUGUUUCCACGGGAGUUGCGUAUUCCAACAGACACACCGCCAAGGGACGGUUGGAUCUACGACUGGAAGCCACCGGUCAAGGCUGCGGAUAAGCCAGGCGGCUUUUAG